UAGGCAUUGAAUACUAAAGUAUAAAAUUAUAAUUGUAUUAAAUUUAUAUUACAUUAGAUUAACAAUUAAUUUGUUUAACAAUGUCUUCACAAAAACGUAUUAUAAUAUCAUUAAAGAAAUUAAGAUCACAUGUGGAAGACUACUGGUUUGCCAUACCAUCGAUGGUUAAGAAUAUCAAUGAUUUGAAAACAAUUUUGACAACAGAAGAGAACUUGAAUGCUGAAGAAGUGGACCUUUAUAUUAAUGAUGUCUUAUUAAGAAACAACUCGUGCGUCGAUAUUAUUAAAGAUGAAGACAUAGUUGAGAUCAGAACCAAAUGUUGUGGUAAUAUAACUAAUGUUAAAAAGUUUUCGAUGAAGAAACUCUCCAAAAGACAAUCAACGGUUAACGACAUUGUCGGACACAAUACUGACAAUUCAGAUGAUAAUAAUUGUGUCGUAAAUGUAAACGGAAAACGUGUAAAACAAGAACCGAUUGUCAAUAGUUUGGACAACAGUGUAGUGAAUAAACGCAUCAAACGGGAACCGAUAGAUAAUAAUGACAAAACUGUUAUCAAACAAGAAAUACCAAUUGAAUCUAUUGUUCAAAUACACGACAACCAUAACAACAUUGUUAAUGGCUGUACUUCAUCACAAACCAAUGAAUAUAUGUUUGCAACAAAUGACAAUCAAUUGUUGUUCACGACUUCCAGUAGUAGUAGUAGUGAUAAUCAAAGCAAACAGCAAACCACAAAAAAUUCUUGUCGCAGAUGUGAUUAUAAAAAUUGUAACAAACUAUUUAAAAAUCAAUUUGAUUUACAACAACACAUAAAAGCUAAGCAUGAAAUGGUUUUACGGCCGUUCAAGUGUCCACAUAAAGGAUGUGGUAGUGGUUUUAGAUUAAGAAACCAACUCGAAAAACAUAUACAAACAAAACAUUUACAUACAGGUGCUCAAUGUACUAAUCGUUUUAUAAGUGAGAGAUUAUCAAUUGAUUGGCUAAAAUUGGAUCAAACAACUAAUAGAUUCAAUUGUGAUUAUUAUGGUUGCAAUAAAGGCAAUUUAACAAAAUCCAAAUUUAUUAAACACUUGCGUUAUAUUCAUUACAAUUGCUGUUACGAUAACUGUCCUCAAAGUUGUCGUUCAAUGAAAGAUUUGGUCAAACAUAUGAGGAAUGUCCACAAUAUUGAAUGGCUGCCAUACAAGUGCUUUCGUAGCAAUUGUAAGCAACAAUUUCAAACAUUAAGUGAAUUUAUGAAACAUAAAUGGAUAGCUCAUAGAUUAAUAAAUAAUUAA